AUGGACAUCCGAGACCUAUUGAAUCCAUUGGAUGAACAACAGCACGAACCGAGUCCGCCGCACCCCAGCGAGCGCCAGAGUGAACCGAGCCUGCCGCACCCCCGCGAGCGUCAGGAUACUCCCAAUGUAUUAAGUGAUGAACAGGGCGAACUAAGUCUGCCGCACCCCAUCGAGCGCCAGGAAACUCCCAACCUAUUGAAUGAAGAUCAGGGCGAGCCGAGUCCACCGGAAACGCCCAACCUAUUGGAUAAUGAACUGGGCGGACCGAGUCCGGUGCGCCCCUGCGAGCGUCAGAAAACUCCCAACCUAUUGAAUGAAGAUCAGAGCGAACCGAGUCCGCCGCACCCCUGCAAGCGCCAGAAAACUCGCAAGGAUGUCGGUAGACCCGUACUUCGGCACGAAGACUACACCAUCGCCUGGAUUUGUGCACCGCACAUUGAACUAGCAGCAGCUUUGACCAUGUUGGAUGAGACCCACGCAUCACUGCCCACGUCUUCCGGUGACACCAACACCUACACACUAGGAAGAAUCCAGGGCAAAAACGUGGUGAUUGCUUGCUCGCCCGGAACUCAAAAUGGGCUAAACAAUAGAGCCAGUCUCGUCACAAACCUCCGACGUACCUUCCCUUCGAUUCAAGCGGGGCUAAUGGAACAAGAGUUAUGCAGAGUGAUUUGGGGAAAGUUGUUGGGAGUGAAGAGCUUCGCCGAACCGCGAUCCCCGAGAUUUCCAGACCAGCGACUCGGUAAAGCCGUGUCAAGCCUCCGAGCAAAGCAUGAGUUGCAUCCUAGCCGCGUCUCGUCCAUAAUUCGCGACACGCUGGACGGCCAUCCGGAGUACACUCGACCCCAAAUGCCGGAUCGCUUGUUCCAGGCGACAUAUAACCAUGUCGAUCCAGAUAGAAGCUGUGACAAUUGCGACGAAACGAAGUUAGUGCUGCGAAGUACUCGGGCAUCCCAUUCUACGGUCAUCCACUUCGGCGGGAUCGCCUCCGGAAACCAGGUUAUCAAGAGUGGCGAAACCAGGGAUCACCUUGCGAGGGAGCUCGAUAUUAUAUCUUUUGAGAUGCAAGCUGCCGGCUUGAUGGACGUACUUCCAUGUCUUUCGAUUCGCGGAAUCUGCGACUAUUCAGACUCGCACAAGAACGAAGAUUGGCAAAAGUACGCCGCAGGAACGGCUGCAGCUUACGCCAGGGAGUUCCUCGCGGAGUUACAUGGACCCAUCGAAGACCCAAAGUUUUCCCCGGCGCCUGAGCACGGGCAAACCGCACUGAUGGACAGGCGCGAACAGUUGCUAUACUCCCUGCGAUUCGACAAACUCGAGUUCCGCAAGUCAACCAUUAAGCCUGCGUACGGUAAAACGUGCGAAUGGUUCCUCAACCACCCUGACUACCAACUGUGGCUUGGCCCCGCGGGCUUGCGAGAUCAUCGCGGUUUCUUGUGGGUCAGUGGAAAGCCAGGCGUCGGCAAGUCCACGAUGAUGAAGUUCGCCUAUCUGCAUUCGAAGAAAAAAGCCCGUUCCGGGAAGAACAAAACUGCGUCGUUCUUCUUCAACGCCCGAGGCGAGUCAUUGGAAAAGUCCGUUUAUGGAAUGUACCGAUCACUUGUCUUCCAGUUGCUCACAGCUUAUCCUGAUCUUCAAACUGUGUUGGACGAUCUCGAUACCGUGUUCACCCCUGACACAGAAUGCCCUUCUUUGAUUUUGCUCAAAGACCUUUUCAACAACGCUAUUGCGGGCCUAGGCAAACGGUCCUUUACCUGCUUCAUCGAUGCCCUUGACGAAUGUGAUGAACAGCAAGUUGUGGAAAUGGUCCAGUACUUUGAGGAGCUAGGGGAACAAUCCGCGGCUACAGGCGUUGCGUUCCGCGCCUGCUUUUCCAGCAGGCAUUAUCCCUAUAUCAAUAUUGAACGGGGCAUUCGACUCACGCUCGAAAGCCAGCUAGGUCAUUGUGUUGACUUGGAAACAUAUAUCAAUAAACGCCUUCUAAUUCAAGACCGCAACUUCCUUGAACAGCUUCGACCACAAGUACUUGAAAAGGCAUCGGGAGUGUUUAUGUGGGUCGUGCUUGUUGUUGAUAUCCUCAACAAAGAAUAUCGCCGUGGUGCACUGGCUCUGCGCCGCAGGCUUGCCGAGAUACCAAGUAAUCUCAGUGAGCUGUUCAAAUACAUUAUCCGGCGCGACAACGCCAAUAUGGAAGACGUUUUGCUUUGUAUCCUAUGGAUUCUCUACUCCAAGAGGCCUCUGAAACCGACAGAGUUCUACCAUGCAAUCUGGUCCGGGCUAGCGCUAAACGCCCUAGCUGAUUCUAACCUACCUGACAUUAGCGAUGAGAAUGUUGGCGAGAAAGUGGACAGGCUCAACAGGCGUGUCAUUAACUGCUCGAAAGGACUUGCGGAAGUGACUGGAUCUAAUCAGCCAACCGUUCAAUUUAUCCACGAAUCUGUCCGAGACUUCCUCGUCAAAGACAACGGUCUGCUGGAUUUGUGGCCUAGUCUGGGGUCCAAUAUUGAAGCAUUCAGUCACGAGAAGCUGAAACAAUGUUGUGAUUUCUACCUACGCAACAAGCUGAUUGCUGCGAUUGAGAAUGAUUGGGGAUUGAUUAACUAUACGCAUCCGUUCCUUCAGUACGCUACACAGCACAUUUUCCAUCACGCCGAUGCAGUAGCCAAGUACGUCUCACAGGACCAGUUCCUGUCAUCAUUCCCCGUCAUGAACUGGGUCAGGGCGAAUAACUUGUUCGAGAAGGGAAAGGGAGGAUACCCAUUUUUUGCCGCCCUAGCCAACGGACAUAAAGACGCGGUUGCAGCGCUCCUUAACUGCCAUUCAGCAAUUAUCAAUGGUCUCGAUAUGACAGAAGGGUUUACUCAGCGCAGAGAUCUGGUCAACUAUAAAAAGCGAACACCGCUCUCCUGGGCGGCGCAGGAAGGGCACAUGGAGUUGGUUAAGUCGGUCCUUGCGUCUGGGGUUGACAUUGAUGAGAGGGAUCAGACAGGUCAGACUGCACUUGUCCGCGCUAUAGAAAAUGACCACGGCGAUGUCGCAAUGCUUCUUAUCUCUGAAGGAGCUGAUGUGAAUGCCGCCAAGAACGGGGAAGAAUCCGCCUUGGUCACUGCCGUCAUCAGAGGAAAUGAGCAUAUGGUGAAUGCCCUCAUAGACGCAGGUGCAGACGUAAAUGCCUUCUCUGGGCCCGAGCGUACCGUUCUGCGUUGUGCCUGUGAGCGCGGAUCCGAAAAUAUCGCCAGACUGCUCAUAGAAAGGGGCGCGAGCGUCGUUGGGGAAAAAGGCUGGCAGCAACUGUUCUACGCCUCCGAGAGUGGCAAUAAUGCCUCCUUGGUGAAGUUGCUCAUCGAGAAGUGUGGACAGGCCAAGGAUCCAGAGUUCGCACGCGGCGUAAUCCUGGACGCUGCAUCCCACGGCCAUGAAACUGUUAUGAGGGUACUGCUCGACAAUAUCGAGGACGUCAAUUUCUUACCUGGGCUCAAGGGGGAGGCGUUGCUAUUAGCUUCAAAGGACGGUCAUGAGACUGUCGUCCGAUUACUUCUCGAGCAUGGAGCAAAUAUCGAAGCCAGGGACGAAGAUGGCCGGUCGGUACUACUGUGGGCCCUAGCUCGGGGACACAACUCAGUGGCCAACAUCCUUAUCGAUGGCGGUGCAGACUUGGAGCAGGCUGACUGGUCCGAGUUCACGUCCCUUUCCCUGGCGGCAUAUUGUGGCCGUGAAGCUGUGGGUUUGGCUCUGGUCAACCGCGGUUUACGUGUCAACGCCAGAAACUAUGAUGGAAGCACCCCUGUGUUAAAAGCAACGCAAAAUGGGAACACGGGCAUUGUGCAGUUACUCAUUGCGAACGGAGCCGACGUCAAUGCCAGGGAUAUCACAGACAGAACCCCGGUCAUGUGGGCUGUCUCGAAGCAACAUGAUGAGGUGGCGGAAUUGCUGAUUGAGAACGGAGCGGACCUGAAUGCAAGGGAUGUCAAGGGCUCAACCGCGACUAUAAUGGCCGCAAGCCAUGGAAAUACAACGAUACUGCAACACCUGAUCGCAAAUAACGCAGAUAUUGACAUCGCGAACGAUGAGGAGAUCACACCGCUCAUGGUCGCUUGUCAGAAGAGGGAUUUGUCUGGGCUGAAGGUCCUUCUUGAAAAUGGAGCUAAAAGACCCUCCUCCUUUGGGAAGCUCUGGACAUACUCAUUUCAUGCACAAUGCGAGGAGCUAAUACUUGAAUACAAACAACGGAAACACUCUGACCACGAGAAAGACACGGCAGCUCAUUCUUCUGCAUCAGAGUAA